AUGUCAGACCCGCAGGAAACUUCCGACCCUUCCACCUUCCUCAGCGAGAUAAUCGGCGCCCCAAUAACCGUCAAGCUGAACUCUGGCGUUGAAUAUAAAGGUGAACUGUCGUCGGUGGAUGGGUACAUGAACAUUGCGCUGGAGAAGACGGUGGAGUACGUUGGCGGCCAGGUGAGGAAUAGGUAUGGGGAUGUGUUUAUUCGGGGGAAUAACGUGUUGUACAUUUCUCAGGAUGUGAUGUAAUGGGAGGCUGUGAGGGGAAUGGGAGUUGGUUAAACUUUUCGGGCUACGAUGUAUUUGCGAUACCAAGAUGGCCUUGCUACUGCUA